AUGUCCAAAACAAGAUCACAACAAGUAAUCACAUUAGAAAACUUACUCCCACUCAAGAACAAUUCAUCGUCGAACAGUAAUUCAACAGGAAGUCCUAAAAAGUCAAUAAUUUGGAAAGACUUUGGUGUUUAUCUCGACAAAAAAAUUGAUUCACAUCUUAAUCGCGAUACGGAUCAAAUUUCAAGUAUCACAUACAACAGUUCACUAAACUCAUCUUACUUAUCACUGGUUAAUAAGUAUCGGAUCUGUAGUUCUUGUAGUAGACCCAUUGGUGUAGAUAGCUUAGAGACACAUUACAGUCGGUGUAUUGAAAUGAAACAGAAAAAGAAAGAUUUGGAAGCUGCUGCGGCUGCUUCUGGCACUUCCACCUCUGCUGCUGGCAGCCAAGGGAAACGUAAAAGAGGUAGAAAUGCGUUGUUAGACGUUGAUCAGUCGAGUGUAGAGUCUUCGAGAAACACAACUCCACUCCCUAGUACACCAGCACAGCCACAAACAGCUGCAAAUGCUGGUACUGUUGGCCCCGAUGGUGUUGUGAAGCCAAAGAAGAAGUACAAGAAAUCAAAAACUCAAAGAGAGAAGGAAGCAGCAAAUGCAGCCGCUGCUGCGGCAGCAGCAGCUCUAGCUGCUAAUAAUAAGUUGUCAUCCUCUAAGAAAGAUAGAGGCAGCGACGGCGGUAGCACAGGCGGCAAUAGUCAGUCUCAUUCGUCCAAUGUUGACGCUAACUAUGGGGCUUCUGGGCUAGAAUCCUCGUCUGGAACUUCGAAGAAAACAAAAGUGAAGUCACAGGCCAAAUUAAAGGGCCCAGUAGAUGUAGAGAAGCAGUGUGGUGUUCCCUUACCGUCUGGUGGAUUCUGUGCUCGUUCACUCACCUGUAAGACCCAUUCUAUGGGAGCAAAAAGAGCAGUGUUGGGUAGAUCUGCCCCAUAUGAUGUACUUCUUCAGCAGUACCAAAAGCGCAAUCAAGCCAAGUUGGCCGCAAACAACGCUUUAGCUGCGCAAAGACGUGAAAACGCUGCGUUUACCGGGGGAGUCCACGGACUCAACUCCAGAGGCGAAGGGUUUGAUCUGGAUGCCAUGUCGAAUCAAAUGGUCAAUAAAGUGUUGGAUCCAGACGAAGAGACUCACUUAGUGCUUGAAGGGUUGUCGAAAAAUAACCCUGCUCCACUUGAGCGUAAAGUUAUAAUGCCUGUCAGAAAUAGACACAGGUUUUUGUAUAUGAGGGAAGCAUACGCGAAUGCACUUAUAACCCUGGGUGGUUCUUCCGCCAGUGCUUCAGGUCUGGGUAACGACCAAACUUUAGCCAACCAAGCCAUAUCUGGUUCCAUUGGUGGGCUCCAGGGCCGUUGUACUUUGGUCAACGUAGAUCAAUCUCUUGGAUACGUGGCACCAGACCCAAAUGUACCAUAUUCUACACAAGCACUUGCUUCUAUAUCUGGUGAGCUUUAUCAAGUCAGAGCACCACUGAAGGCUAUCUUGUUAACUUCACAGCACAACACCAUGCAACAGCAAGCCUUCCAACAGCAAUUAAUGAAGCACCAACAACAGAUGCUACUUUUGAAGCAACGCCAGGCCCAACAACAACAACAACAGCAGCAACAACAAAAACAACAACAACAACAACAACAACAACAACAACAGCAGCAAGUGCAGCCACAACUACUGCAAUAUGCAAAUGCUCAGCUGGUCCAAAGGUAA